UUGGUUUAACCUUCGUCGUGGCAGUGGACAGAAAUAUUUCUGCAAGGCGGCAAGACAAACAGACUCUGCGUUAGAAACAUAAUGAGACUUGUAAUAGGCGGUGGCUCAGGGUUUGUGGGUCGGGAACUGACCCGUUUGUUGAAAAGCAAAGGUCAUGAAAUCACAAUUAUUUCCAGGCAAUCUGGUCCAGGAAGAAUAACAUGGACUGAUCUAGAGUCAGGAGGUCUCCCUCCAUGUGAUGGUGCUGUGAAUCUAGCAGGGGAGAAUAUUAUGAACCCCUUGCGAUGGUGGAAUGAAAGUUACAAGAAGGAUCUUUUCUCCAGCCGUGUAGACACUACUAGAAUGCUUGCCAAAGCUAUUGCUGCCUCACCUACUCCACCACAUUCAUGGGUUCUUGUCACAGGAGUAGCGUGCUAUAAACCUUGUCUUCAAACCAAAUAUACAGAGGAGAGUAACUGGACACCAUUUGACUUCCUGUCUCGUUUGGUAAAGGAGUGGGAGGGGGCAGGAGAGCUUCCUGAAAACAGUGCUAAGAAAACAAGACAAGUCAUCAUUCGACCUGGUGCAGUGUUAGGGCGUGAUGGUGGUGCUAUGAAACAGAUGAUGAUCCCCUUCUGGCUUGGCCUCGGUGGGACUCUUGGCUCAGGCCGACAGCCCUUCCCUUGGAUUCACGUCUCAGACCUGGCUGGAAUCAUUGCCCAUGCCCUUGAGCCCCAUACAGAACCACCAUCCACAGAGCCAGAUGUACUCAAUGGAGUUGCGCCUGCACUAAAUACAAAUUUUGAAUUCACUAAGGAGUUAGGCAGGACCCUGAAAAGGCCUACUAUCUUCCCUGUGCCUGGCUUUUUCUUGGAUGCCUUCCUGGGUUCUGAGAGAGCUGUUAUCCUCACACAAGGCCAGAAAGUGGUGCCCAAGAGAACUCUAGAGUCAGGCUUUGAGUUUAAAUUCCCAGAUCUUACUUCUGCUUUAAAGGAAAUUGUUGGACAAUAGUGAUCAGUUGAAACACAAUCUCCUUGUAAUAAAGAAGAGAAGAUACCUUGAGAGAUUUGAGAAAAUCUGUCUGUGUUCUAAAUGAGUUCUGUAUUAAAAGUGUGGAGUUUAACUUUGCUAUCUCUACUGUAAAUAUAUUUCAUUUUUAGAAAAUCAUAGGUUUACCUCUCAUCAUUUUGAAUGGCUAUAUUUGGCUCAUCAAUCUGAUCCAUGACUACUCUACAAAUGGACACAUCUAUACUCAUGAAGCCAAAUUAGAAUAUUUUGCAUUACAUCCUCUUAAAGGAAUAGUUCAGCCAAAAAUUUAAAAUCUUUUACUUACUCUCAUUUAGCUUUUUUUCUGAAAGGAUAUGUUCAGAAGUAAUAUGUUAUUCUCAGCCACCAUUCACUUUCAUUGGAUCUUUUGUUAAGUCAACAUCUCCUUUUGAAUUCCAUGGAAGAAUGUAUUACAGGUUUGGAACAAAAUGAGGGAAGGUUAAUUAUGACAGAAUGUUCCAUUUUUGAACGUUCAAAGCUGUACCUUUAAACACCAUAAUCAGAUCAAAGCUGCCUUUGAAUUAACAGUCAUUAAUCCCUAAUUACAUUUUGUAUUUAAAAAAUAUCACUACAGACAUACUUCAGGAUCUUGGUCUUAGCAGAUGAAGACUUGGACCAGUUGUAUUACUGGUCUAUUGGGCCAUUUAAUUAUGCUUUUGUGCAAGCAUUUUUUUGUGGUUUGCAUGUUUUAAAUAUUUUAUGUAAUUUAAGU